AUGUACUGGCCAAACGGAGUCCCUAGGGUCUAUGCGAUCAACGGUCCCAGAAUCCCUGUUUCGCGAUCGGAUGAUGAAGGUGAUAUAGAUCGUGAAGAGGAGCUGGCAGAGCAAAGCCGAUCCCUGAAUCAGCACAAUGAGCCUGCACAGUCGUCAGCGGAAUCGUCGCAAUGGGCGGACGAGGCCAUUAGGGGGCUCUGCGUCUCUCGAAAUGGCCAUAUGUUUGCAACAAUGACCGACUCCUCGAUAUCCGUCUGGCAAACUCGGCCCACUGCAGUUGUUGCCGCAGUCGCUCGGUCGUCGACAUCACUCGAAACAUAUGGACCCAACAUUGCUCUGCUGAUGCGACCUGAUGCCACAAUCCUCGUUGUUCAGACCCUUAAUGGCUACCUUCUCACGUACACCAUUGCCACGGAUCCCAGCUCGCUUGUUUACCAGCAGCAGUAUGAUCAGACCAAUUCCUCGCGGCGACAGCAACUCGCUCGUCUCUCUGCCGAAGAUGAUUCCAGCAGCAUUCGAGAUAUAAGCAUACGUUUUCGAAUGGCGAUCAAGAUCGAGUCAGGGAUCGUGAAAGCACUCGCCUUGGAUAAUGAGCUUGUGGUAGCGACGGUGAAGCCGGCUGCCAUUCAGUGUAUCAGAUGGACACCCGAUGAGCGGGGCACCCAGACCACCUCAGAGCUUCUCAGUCGUAUUUUAGGGGUGUCGAAACGAGUAUCUAUUACCGAUAUGGUGUACGACCGCGCAAUCAACCUAUUGGUUUGGGUGACCAAUGAGGGCCACGCGUACGCUGUUCAACGUGUCUCCGAAAGACCAGAAGACUCCGAAACCCACAAAAAGCUUUUCAAUGGCCAUUGCUUCCAUACUCCUACCAGUGACGACGAGAAGGCCGUCAAGGUCACCGUGAAUGCCCGAUUUUCGUUGCUUACCGUGAGCUGUGCAAACGGCGAUGUCCUUGUCUACACAGCUAAAGACUACCUGGGAAAUGUUCCUUUGUCACAUAAGCUGCAGCCUCCCGCCUCGCCAAAUACUACAGGUGACCUGACUUUCAUGUGCUACUCGCCGGACGGGUACUGCCUUUUCGCGGGUUACGAACAUGGAUGGACAACGUGGAGCGUAUUUGGCAAACCAGGCGGCAACAGUUUCUCCAUCGAUCGCUCUCUUGCUGAAACCAAUGGAUGA